AUGCGAACAAUUGAAACAACUGAAUCUCAACCAUCAUACACGCGAUUUAUACAAUUAGCAAAACAAUAUCCAAGUACAAUACAAUGUCCCUGUUCAAAAUACUCGAUUAGUUACCAAGCUUUUGUGACAACUCAAGUUCGAUUUCAUCCUGUUUGUUCAAGUCGAUUUAUUGAACAAACAUGGUUUGAUAUGACAUUCAUGAAUGAAGAUAUCUCAGUGCAAUCGAUCGAUGAUUUUCGUGUUACACUAAGUUUCUUUUGGCAAACUGUCGGAGGACUAUGUAAUGCAAGUCGAGCAAGUUGGGAAAGUGCCGUUGCAAAUUUUCAAACAUCAAAUAUUCUCAGUCCGACAGCCAUUGCCGAAGAAACGCUUCGAGCUCAAGUACAAGCAGAAUUUCAAAAUCAAAUCGAUUUGUCUCAAUCAACAAUAAUUCGAACUUUAUUCGCUAUUCGUCGUAUGGCAAGUGGAAAUCAGAUUGUGUCCGGUCUACAAACGAACUAUUACCUAAAAUUUUUCUCGCGCUCUGAUAUUCGAAUGGCUCCUCGAACGUUUGGGAAUUGUUCCUGCACAAAUAUCGAAGGUUGUCCACGUCCAGCUAUCUUCAAUGAUAGUCAAGGUCAUUUGAUAAUUAUACCAGGAAUGAUCAUGGACUGCUUGAUAAUCGAAGCGACACUCGCAUCAACACUCGAAUGUUAUUAUAAUCAAACAUGUAUUUCUCUUUUACAUCAAUCAUUACCUAUAUAUAUUCAACCACUAUCAAACAGUUCACUAAAACGUUUUUCUCCAAGAUCAACGAUAGAAGACAUCUUCAAUAAACUGAUGAUUGAAGAGAUACAAAGUGAUGUGAAAUUUAGCGUAUACUAUUCUCAAUGUAACCCUCAAUAUUGUUCAUAUUCAUAUACACGUCGUUUUCAUGCUGCUUUUAUCGUUAAAACGAUCAUUGGUAUUGUUGGUGGACUGUCGUUCGGAUUGAGAUCAUUUGCUCUUUUGAUUGUAAUGAUUAUAUUAUAUCGAAGGAAUCGCGUCGCACCGAAUCUCAACAUUGCAAAAAGUGAAGCAACACCACAACGUCCAGUUCACGUUCUAUACAAUUAUAUUCAACACAUACCAAGACACAUUAGAGCAUUAGUCACUUCACUGAAUGUAUUCGAAAGCACGAGACCACAUACUGCAACAGAACUCUUUCGCGAACGACUGUUAACCAAAAUCUUUAUUUUUCUGCUUAUUAUCUCUUCACUUGGUGCUGGGUUUUAUAUAUUUCUUACUAAACAAAAUCAGUUAAUAAUAAUAUCAAAUCCAUCUCUGUCUACUUAUGAGCAGUUAUAUAGUGAUUAUUCAACAGCAUUACAAUGUCCCUGCUCACAAAUAUCUGUUCCAUAUAAAUCUUUCAUGAAUGCAACAUUCGUUCUACAUCAAGUCUGUUUCAGUGAUUUAGUCUCAUCGGAAUGGAUAUCGUAUGUGAGAUUAUUUGAUCCAACCACUGCUAAAUUCAUAUCAUAUAAACGUGAAGGUGUUUUUGAUUUUCGAGUAAUGGGCUUUAGUUAUUUUCAAUUUUUAUCUAUUUUUUGUUCAAUGGUUCAAACUAACAUUGCUGAUGCACAACAUGUUUUUACUACUACUCAAUUCAUCAAUGAUCGUGUUCUUUCUCGAUCAGAUUUUCAUCAAAAGACUCAAUCAAUACUGGAUUCAUUUAUCGAAGCAACUCGUGACAAUUUUGUACGAACAAUUGAUUGGAUCGAUAUUGCAUUUAUUGCUGGUCAAUUUUUUAACGGAGCAAAUAUUAUCUUCGAGAUGAAUCUCGACAUUUAUGAUCAACUAAGGAUUCGAUUUGCUGCACAUCCUCAAUAUUCAACUUUCUCAGCUACAGGAGGUUCAGGCGGCGCCGUCUGUUCAUGUACCGAUGUUUUAAGGAACUGUUUACUUCUACCUCUGUUAUUCACAAAUGCAUCCUAUUUCGGUACCUUUCCACUGACUUACUUAUUCCGAGUGAUCACAGUAGGCUGUGUUCCUCUGACUGGAUUUCUUAAGUCGAAGAUAGGUUGGUGGUAUGAUAGUACCUAUCUGAAAGAUAUUCAAGAAACCUAUUCGCUCGCCAUUCAAUCGCCAAGUUCGCCAAACAUCAAACCUCUCAAUGCAUCAAUUCCCAGUCGCUUCGGUGAUGUCAAAACGGAAGAUUUAUUGCUUGAACUGUUCUCCGAAGCAGCAAUCAGUAACAAUUCAUAUUUCGACCAAUUUUACUAUGAAUGUGCACCUAAAUCUUGUUCAUAUACCAAUGUACAACGCCGUAAUGUGCUAGCAUCAUUCCUUCUUCUUAUCGCCAUAUGUGGUGGUUUGAACGCAAUCCUACGAAUACUCGUACUGUUAUCCGGUAAACUUUUGUUCCACUGUAUUGAUUGGUGGAAAGAACGUCAUCAACGACAUGGUGAGAGUCUUCGACUGAAACGUUCAACAUCAGUGUGA